AUGCAGUCAGCAGAAGGCGGCCUCCGAGACGCUCCAAAACUGACAGGGCGAGGAAGCCAGGACGCGCACCCGUGUUUAGACAAGAGGAAGCUCCGGUGGGCCAAAGGAGGCAGUGUGAUCUCGGAUGUGAUCGGAGACACCUACGAGGCCGUGGUGGAUCACUCUUUCUUCACCGAGCCGGUCUCCUGUGAGGUCACCAAUGCCCUGGGACACACCAACAUCAGCCGCAAUGUGGACGUAUACUUUGGGCCCAGGAUGGCAGCUGAACCCCAGUCUCUGCAGGUGGACCUGGGCUCUGACGCGGUCUUCGGCUGUGCGUGGUCCGGGAACCCCUCCCUCACCAUAGUGUGGAUGAAGAGGGGCUCCGGAGUGGUCCUUAGCAACAAGAACACGCUGACCCUGAAGGCAGUGAAGCAGGAGGACGCGGGGAAGUACGUGUGCCGGGCGGUGGUCCCCAGGGUGGGAGCGGCCGAGAAGGAAGUGUCCCUCACCGUCAACGGUCCGCCCAGCAUCUCCAGCACCCAGACCCAGCAGGCGCUCUACGGGGAGAAGGGCCAGAUCAAGUGCUUCAUCCGCAGCACUCCUCCUCCGGACCGCAUCGCGUGGUCGUGGAAGGAGACCGUGCUGGAGUCGGGCACCUCGGGGCGCUACACCGUGGAGACCGUGAGCACCGACGACGGCGUGAUCUCCACUUUAACCAUGAGUAACAUCGUCCCCGCGGACUUCCAGACCAUCUACAACUGCACGGCCUGGAACAGCUUCGGAUCAGACACCGAGAUCAUCCGCCUCAAGGAGCAAGAGACGCUGAGGUUGGCGGUCAUCAUCGGCGUGGCGGUGGGGGCCUUCCUGGCUCUGUCCAUCCUGCUGGGGACUCUGGGGGCCUUCUGCUGCACCCGCUUUCAGAGAAAAGAUGUCCACCUGGUGAUGUCAUCGCUGCCCGUGACCCUGUCCCGCCAGAGAGACGGCAAAACAGAGAACCUGAAAAGUUCCACGACAACAAAAAACGACAUCCGUGUGGAGAUCGUGCACAAGGACCACAGCGCGGCCCGGGAGAACGAGGAGCACGCCAACAUGAAGCAGAUGAUGAUUGACCGCGGCGAGUUCCAGCAGGAGCCGGUCCUCAAACAGCUGGAGGUGCUCCCGGAGGAGGAGAAGGAGUUCCAACACAUCAAGGACCCCACUAACGGCUACUACAGCGUCAACACCUUCAAUGAGCACCACCCAACCCCCACCAUGUCCCUGAGCACCAGCCAGACGCCUGACGUGGUCCGCAGCCCUCCCUCUGGCUCCAUGACCAUUGGCAAACAGAGAGUCCCCACCGGCAUGUCCUUCACCAACAUCUACAACACCCUGGGGGCCGGGCCCAACCGCCUGUACGACUACGGCCAGCGCUUCGUCCUGGGCAUGGGCAGCAGCUCCAUCGAACUGUGCGAGCGUGAGUUCCAGCGCAGCUCCCUCAGCGACUCCAGCUCCUUCAUCGACACUCAGUGCGACAGCAGCGUGAGCAGCUACAGCAAACAGGACGGAUACGUGCAGUUUGACAAGGACAGCAAGAACUCAGCCAGCUCCUCCUCCCACUACUCCCAGUCCUCGUCCCAGAACUCAGACCUGACCCGGCCCCUGCAGAAGCGCAUGCAGACCCACGUCUAA